AUGGAUCCCUCGUCCACCAACUCCGUGAACGGGUUCUACUCGUUCCUUACGCGAGGAAUCGACGAUCUAGAGCGAGUGUUCCUCACCACCAACUUCAUGUCAAUCCAAUUCCUCCAAAGAACACUCUCUCUGCUUCGAUCCUUCCACACCCAAUUGACCCUCCUCGUCCAAAAGCUCCACCUCCCCGUCGGCGACAAGUGGCUAGACGAGUACAUGGACGAAAGUUCCAAACUCUGGGAAGCAUGUCACGUCAUCAAGUCCGGCAUUUCGGGCAUCGAAAGCUACUACUCCGCCGCCCUCAACAUCACCACCUCCCUCGAUUCCCACCUCCACAUCCCCCCGCAACUCUCUCGCCAGGUUAUGAGGGCGAUAUCGGGGUGCCGGAGAGAGGCGGUGGGGUUGGAGGAGGAGAAUAGGGCGUUGAUGGAGACGCGGAUUCAGCCGCUGUCGCUGCGGUUCGAGGAGAGGGUGUCGAUCGAGUCGAAGCUGAACGGGUUCAACGGGUUCAGAGGGGUGCUGUACGCAAUGAGGAACGUGAGUUCGUUGCUGCUCAUGAUUCUGCUGUACGGCCUGGUGUACUGUUGGGGGGAGUCCUCGGAUUUCGUGCUGGGUGGGUACGAGGGGUGUUUGUUUCUGGGAUCGGCGUUCAUGAUGUCGACGGCGAGGUUGCAGCAGCGGGUGGCGGCGGAGAUCGGGCACAUGGGGGGCGCGCAGGGGAUGCUGCUGCACGAGUUUCGGAGGUCGAAAGUGGCGAUGGAGGAGCUGAGGGGAGAGUUGGAGAGGAGAGGGUCGCAGGGGGUGGAGUGGGAGAGUGAGGUUGCUAUUAGGGAGAGAGUGGAGAAUGUGAGAGCGUGUUUUGGGGUUCUCAGAUCUGGGGCAGACAACAUUGUUGCUCAGCUUGAUGACUUCUUUGACGAGAUUGUGGAAGGGAGGAAGAGGUUGUUGGACUUUUGCAGUCAUAGGUAA